GCCUAUAAAGUGAUAACGAAAUUCAGUAGUUUGCGCUGACGUGCGUUGAACUAUUAAGUGACAAAUCUUGGACUUUUUUGUAAUAUCUACAUAUCUUAACGUAAAUCAAGUGCGAUGAAGGAGCAAGAAGCCAAAUCGUCGGCAGACAGGGUGGACUGCGACGAGCUGGUGGCGCGGCUGGGCGGCUGGUUCCGCGCGCGGGUGCUGCUGUGCGCCGCGCUGGCGGCCGUGCAGGUCGGCCUGCUGCACACCACCUACAUCUUCCUGGCUGCCGACGUGCCCUACAGAUCUAGGUAUGCAGAAAAGGCACCAGGAGUGGACUGCGACGCCCUGAUGGUAGAGCUGGGGCAGUUCCGGCGGUUCCACCUCCUCAACUACUUCCUGAUGGCGCUGGUCAGCUACACGGCUGCUCACUACGCCAUGAACUACGUGUUCCUCGCUGCCGAUGUGCCUUACAGAUGCGUGGUCCCCGAGUGCGAAGCCCCCAACAGCACCGACUUCAGCGCAGCCUGGACGGCGGCAGCACUGCCCGAGCACGGCCGAGCGCACCGAUGUUCCCGCCGGGUCCCGCUCGACCCCACCCUCCCCUGCGAGGCGAACAGCGCAUUUAGUGAAGAUGUAGUAACCUGCGACCAGUGGCUGUACGCUUCCGCUAAUACCAUCGUCACUGAGUUCAACCUGGCCUGUCAAGAGUGGAAGCGGACGCUGGUGGGCACCAUCCACAACAUCGGCAUGCUGGUGUCGCUGCCCAUCCUCGGCUACGUUUCGGACCGUUGGGGCCGUAAAACAGCACUGACCCUGUCAUGCGUGCUCGUGGGGGCCAUUGGCUCUCUAAAGGCAUUCUCCAUCUCCUACGAGAUGUACGUCAUUGUGGAGUUCCUGGAGACGGUAGCUGGUGCUAGCGCUUUCCCUGCUGCCUUCAUUAUGACGAUCGAGCUCCUCGGCCAAGAGAAGCGAGUCUUAACUACAGCCUUCCUCGGCAUCAUGCUCGUCAUCGGCGGCCUGAGCUUCGCGCUCCUCGCCAAGGCCUUCCAGUACUGGCGCACCUUCAUCCUCGUUGUCUACCCACCGUCCCUCCUCUUCCUUCUUUAUAUAUACUUCCUCCCAGAAAGCAUUAGAUGGCUACUCUCUAAAGGACGUAAGGAAGAUGCUUUAGAAAUCAUAACUAAAGCAGCGAAGAUGAACGACAUAACUCUUUCGGAAGACACGAUUAAACAACUUCAAGAAUCUAAAGAGCCUGUGGAAAAAAAGGAAAAAGAAGUAGGAUUAUGGAUGCAAGUGUUCAGAUCUCCAAUCAUCAUGCGGCGCCUAGCGAUCUGCUCGUGGUGGUGGAUCACUUGCACGUUCGUGUUUUACGGGCUAGCCAUCAACUCGGUGUCGCUGGCGGGCGACAAGUACACCAACUACAUGCUGGUGGUGUCCGUGGAGGUGAUCGCGGUGGUCACCAACGCGCUGGUGCUGGACCGGAUUGGGCGCAAGCGGACGCUGCUCAUCGCGUAUAUUGUUUGCGGGAUUUCUUGCGUUGCUAUCGCUUUUGUGCCUCCUGCGAUGUCAUGGCUAGCGACACUGCUGUACCUAGUGGGCAAAAUCGCCAUCACGCAAGCCUUCAGCGGCGUAUAUAUGUACACAUCAGAGCUAUUUCCCACACACGCGCGCCACAGUUUGCUGGGAUUCUGCUCUAUGGUCGGCAGACUUGGCUCUAUCGUGGCUCCACAAAUGCCUCUACUGGCAAUCUACGUAGAGUGGCUUCCAUCGGUCCUGUUCGGCAGCACAGCACUAGUGGCAGGCGCUCUCAUGCUGACUACGCCAGAAACACUCAACACUCGGUUACCUGACACCAUUCAAGAGGCUGAAGAACUUGCCAACCAACAUAAGAAGCCUGAAAACUUAGAGAUGAAAGCCUGCUAGCGCCUUCACUCUUCAGAACAGCUCUUACUAACGCCGGAGACCAACACACAGUUACCAAGACACCAUACAAGAUGUUGAACUUGAUAACCAACCAAACAAGCCUGAGAACUUGGAGAUGAAGGCCCGCUAGAGCCUUCACACGCUCACCACAAACCCUCAACACUACGUAGGUUAUCCGACACCAUACAAGAGGCUGAAGUCGCCAACCAACAACAAGAAGCCUGAGACAGAGAUUAAAGCCUGCUAGCUGAAUCAUGCGGAACUUAAAAACAAUCUUUCUGUUCAGUGAAUAUUCCCGUGCUAGACUCAGAGCCAACUGAGUCACCUCAUCGAAAACCAUAGAUGAAAAGCAGGCAUAAAAAAGCUGCCAAGAAGUGAUGUUGAUAAAACAUUCCAAACGAUUCAGUGAUGUUAAAAAUGUGCUUAUAAAUUUUACAAUUUAUAUGUAUAUGUCAGUAAUGUAUUUAUUUUAGACCACAGUUGUACUACCGAUUAAUACAAUUAACGAGAGAGUUAGAGGUAGGUAAGUAAAAUAACUUAUGAAGGAUAAAAUGACUCUAAUUAUGUAAUAAUUUUACAUCUCUGACGUAGGUACACAGGUACAGUUACCUUCAAUAAUAUCUUGCACCGCGAAGCGCACAAGAUAAUUAUGCUAAGAGUUUAUACUUUUGUUUUAGUUUAGGUUUUAGGUAUUUUAGCAUUAAAUUUUUUCCCAGAUUUACAACUAUUUUUACAGGUGAACCUAAAAAAAAUUGUGUAACCAUUAAAAUGUUUUUAUGUCAGAUAUUAGCUAUAUCUACAUAAAAGGAAGAUAUGUUAAAUAAAUAUACUUACUUUAUACUUCUUCUUUACGUAUAUCUAAUACUCUUUUACAGCUAUAUGAAUAAGAUCGUGUGAUAUUUUGCCCAAUUCACUGUGUAAGAUAAUAUUGCAAGUUACAACAGACUACAUAACAGGUCUUAGGUUGUUUGUUAAGUAUCGUUGUGACGUAAUUUAUUGUGAUAUAAUUAAGGGUGACACUUCGCUUCGCUUUCACGAAAUAAUUAACGACCAUAUUCAUAGUUUAAGACACUUUAGACAUAUAGAUAAUAAGCUCGAAUUUUCUCUCUUUUCUAUACAAUAUCCAUUUUUAUAGAGUUCUCUGAUGUCCAGCUAAGUGAAAUGCCACCCUACUCUAUAUUUUAAGUAUGACUUGCGUACAAAGUUAUGUUAUCCAUUAGUUAUAUAAUAAUUUAAGACAAAAGUUGAUUUAACUGCUGUGUACAUACACUUUAUGUUACAA